UCUAUCCUCCCACCUCAUCUGUCGUCUCUAUUCUUAUACCCAUCAAACAACUCGUUGCUUCCCCCUGUUGAUACUUGCUUUGCACGAAGUAGUGUGGUCUACUUCAACAUUCUCAAACCUACCUUCACUCCUUCUACACCUCUCCUAUCAGACAACAUGGCUGGCCCUGGCGGUGGCCCCCCUCGCAAGAGCCAUACCAAGUCGCGCUUUGGUUGCCGGACAUGCAAGAGAAGACACAUUCGUUGCGAUGAGAACUUCCCUCAAUGCCGGAACUGCACCAAACACAACUGUCGCUGCGAUUACAUGGAUGUGACCGCAGUGCAGGGCGACUCCCAUCCGGUCCGCAAAGUUCCUGACCUUCUCAUGUCCGCCGAAAUCGAAAUGGAGAUCAAGAACUGGCAGCUCACGGGCAUCCCACCCUUCCCCGAGUUAAUGCACUUCCCGCGCAAUGCGUGGAGCAGGCUGUCGCGAACCGAUUUGAGACUCAUUCACCAUAUUAUCGGUUUAUCUAUUGAUUUGCACCGGCGAGGAUUGAGUGGAUGCACGGUUUGGGCCCCGAAGAUGCCAAUCUUUCUAUCCCUCGCCCUGUCAUACGACUUCGUGAUGAGCUCGAUCCUCACUCUGUCGGCUUCCCAUCUCGCGUGGAUCACGCAAAAUAAGGAGACCAAGCAGCUGGCCUACCAUCACAGAGGUGUUGCUAUCCAAGGACUACACAAGGCAAUUGGGGCCUUUUCGCGGGAGAAUUGCGAUGCGAUCCUGGCUGCCUCGAUUCUCCUAUCCUGGCAAGCGUCAGAGUGGCAAAGCUGGGCUUCAUUGCAACAAGGUCUCACAACCGUCCUAGAUUCCAUGCAUCCCGCCUGGAAAGAUGAGUCUGAGCUGGCCCUCUUCCUCGAGAACCAGCGGUUUCUGGGGUGCACCAACACCCCCGGGAUGUCAGGAUACCAGUUCCAGGAUGAAGACCUGACCAGUCUUGAUCAGACCGUCCUGGCCCUCCAGAAUAUCCAGGAUCGAGUCGCCCACAACCACGAACACUACCGCCGGAUCGCGGAACUCGUCGAGUUCGUCCGUCACUUCCGCCGAGACCUGGUCUUGCAGACCCCCCAGCAAGCGUUUGAGCGGAUGCAGCCGCUACGCCGGUGGCUGUUCUGGCUGCCGCCUGCGAUGCUGCGCGGUGGUGAGGCAGACUUCCCGGCACUGGCCAUCCUCGCUCAGUUCUUCGGCGUGGGAGUCGCGCUGGACAGUCUAUUCCCCGACCUUGGAGGCGCCUAUCUAGGACCGCUCUCCGUGGCCCCGAUCGAAGAAAUCUACCGCAUUGUGCUCACCACCAGCACCGCCGACCCCUACAACGCCGAGCUGCAGCUCGCAGCAGCCAUCCUCGAGCUUCCCCGCCAUAUCGUCGCAAACUACAAAACCCGCAUCCACUGGUCGCCACGCACCUCCAUCGACCACUUCUCUCCGCCUCCCCCACCCAGCCCAUACCACUACCACGACUACCGCCUCGCAUCCUCGUCCUCGCCCUCCUCAACCUCCGCGACCUACCCACCAUACACUCCACCCCUUCAAUCUCCACCAGCCGUGAGCGUCGCGAGCUCGCCCUUUGACGUUUCCGCCGCGUACGUGACCGCCCCAGCCUGCCAGCCUCUCUACCCGCCCUCCCCCCGUCUCCUCUCCGAACCUCACGAGGACUACUCCGACUCCAGCCACGCCGGCUCCCUCCAGCCCUCCCCGUCAUUCCCACCCCCAUUCAGCACCGACCUAGCCUGCGGAAGCCUCUCCCGGGUGGACAACACCCUGGGCCUGAACCUGGGCCUCUACAGCGAACCACAGGCUAUCGUCGGGGGGUAUAGCGCCGCCGAGCCGUGCUGGACCGGCACUAUC